UUGCUCCGAUACGAGACUACCGGAAAACCCGCUCAACCUGUCCCAGCUCACCACGAGCUGAUUCACAGACAAGCAACACCAAGGCGGCGUCCCGCAGAUCCAGCGAUGCUUGCCAGGGCAUCCGGAGCCGCACCGUACCCAUGGAUCUUGGGUUGAUUGUUGCCAAAAUUAGCAGCCGCCCAGUCCGACAACAUGCCUUUCGAUCGGCGAGGCUGUGCAUGGCCAUCAACACAACUCGACAAGAUACAGUACACCAACGACGGGCAAGAGUGAUAUAAAGGACAGCGUGCGACCCUUCGAGUGACUGAUCAUCAUCGUCACCACCACCAAGCAUCCCAACACCAUCAUCCAUACUACAACGCACAAACACCCCAUCAAAUUUCCAACACAAAUUUCCAACACAAAACGCAACAAUGAAGUCCACCUGCGCCAUUCUCUUCGCCGCCAUGGCCGCCGCUGUCCCGGCGCCAGUGCCAGCAACCGGCCCUUUCGGCAGCGCCACCAACCCUCUUCGCUUCAUCGGACGGUUGAAUGUCCCCGGCGGCAACCUUCCCGGUAGCACCGGCACCACCGUCGACGCCAACAGUCGCUCCUUCUGGUUCGGAAAAUACACGUGGACCUACUCCGAGCUCAAGACUCCACAAGCCAACACCGACACCACCAUCUUCCGCAUGGCCGUCGGCGAGGGCACCCUUUUCCUCGACACCCAGGACGUGGAAGGCCAGGCGGUCUACGUCAACCCGGACGGCGAGCUCAAGUUCCGGGCCUUCCACCCCUUCAAUGGUGAAGCCGAUGACGCUAUCUACAAGGGCUUCGACGUGGUCGAGCACGUCACGAAGUUGCAGUUUGAAGGAAAAGAUUUCAUCGCAUGCCCGGUCGGUGCGAAGGAUUCGGGCGAUUAUCAAAUCUUUGCGGCGAGCAGGGCGCACACGGCCAAGGAGAACUGUACCCCGUUCGAGUGGAAGAACGAGUUCACGACCAAGCCAGCUGCUUACUCGUACAUCUAG